AUGUGGGGGACGCCGGGCGCCGCGGUGCGGAGCAUCCGUCCCUACCAGUCCAGCGAGCAGUACCUCUACGCCAUGAAGGAGGACUUGGCUGAAUGGUUGAAGGAGCUGUACGACCUGGACAUUGAGGUGGGCACCUUCAUGGAGGUGCUGGAGACGGGGGCUGUGCUCUGUUCCCAUGCCAACAACAUCACCCACGUGGCCAGGGAGUUUGCCCGUGCCUGCCCUGGCGUGGCCCGCCACCUCCGCCUGCCUGCCACCGGCGUCGCCUGCAACCUCGCAGCACAGCCGGGCACCUUCCAGGCCAGGGACAACGUCUCCAACUUCAUCCAGUGGUGCAGGAAGGAGAUGGAUAUUAAAGACGUCCUGAUGUUCGAGACGGAGGACCUGGUGCUGAGGAAGAACGAGAAGAACUUUGUGCUGUGCCUGCUGGAGCUGGCGCGCCGCGCCGCCCACUUCGGCAUGCGCGCCCCGACCCUUGUGCAGAUGGAGGAGGAGAUCGAGGAGGAGCUCCGCCAGGAGCUGGACCUGCCACCCGCAGACACCCCCCUGCCCCGGCCCCCCAGGAAACCACGGGACCUCCACAACCUCGACCAGAUGGUCCAGCACCUGGUGAGCCGCUGUACCUGCCCCGUGCAGUUCCCCAUGAUCAAGAUAUCCGAAGGGAAAUACCGCGUGGGUGACUCCGACACCCUCAUCUUUGUCCGGAUCCUGCGGGAGCACAUCAUGGUGCGGGUCGGGGGUGGCUGGGACACGCUGGAGCACUACCUGGACAAGCACGACCCAUGCCGCUGCACCUCGCUCUCUCACAAACAAGCCUGGAAAACCAGGAGCCCCCAGCAGCAAGUGCAGCAUGAGAUCUGGCUGUGCCCGGCCUCGAAGGCAGCCACCCGUGGCCAGCCCCAGCCCCUGCUGCUGGUCAGCCGCUCGCAGAGCCCCCUGCCCCCCGUCGCCUGGGGGUCCCGUGCCCCCCCCGGCUCCCGCCCCUCGCCGGAGGGCUCAGGUUGCCCGCCGGGUGCCAGCCCUUGCCGGGAGCCAGCGCAGCCCCGGAGAGUCCCUUCGGGCAGGCAGCCGCCACCAUCCAGGUCACCCGCUCGACCCAGCUCCCCUGGCCGCAGGGUGAUGUGCCGGGCACCCACCCCUUCCCAGUUGGACCCUGGCACGCAGGACAGCUUGGGGGUCCCCAGGGUGCCGCGUGGGAUCACCCCAGGGAAAACCCCCAUGGCACCGGCACGGGGCAGGUCCGCGGCACCCAGCACCCGGCUGACACCAGCACCUCCAAAAAGCACCCAGCAAGGAGGCAAAUCGUCUGUGCCAGCGCCCAGACCACAGGAAGGGGGGGUCCCCACUGUGGUGACACCCCGUGUCCCCAGCCCCAUCAAGGUCUGUGCCCCCUCCCUGCACCGGGAUGCCCAGGGAGACUCACAGAGCCAGAAAAGCCCGAGGGAAGGGAGCCGGGGAGCCCUUGGCCAGGGCCAACCGCCCUCACCCCGAAAUUCCUCCAGCCAGCCUCCGAAACAGGACGGCAGCAUUAAAUCCUCCGUCAAAGCCAGCCCGGCCGUCUGCCGGCCUCCCACUCCCCCGGCCCAGUUUGCAGACAGGGGGAGCAGCCAAGAAGGAGGAACCACGACCCCCUCCGGCCUCUUGCUCACCCCUCACCGGCACAUCACCCCGACACCGUUUGAUAAUGCAGGCUGUGCUUUGCCACCCGCCCUGCAGGACAAGAUGCAGGCAGCCCAGCCGCCCACCAGCUCCGACCUGCCAGUGGCCACCACAUCACCCUGCCCAGCACCGCCCAAGGUGCACCGUCCCCAGAUGUCACCACAGGGUGCCAGCGCCAGCGGGGAAACAAACCCCGAGGCGCCUCCGGCAUAG